AUGGAAAUGGAAUUGACUGAAUCGAGAACGCAAGAGAGCAACAAUCUUGAAGGCAAUAAUGGCGAAUUCAUGGCGAUGGAGCAAUUCGUCCCAAGUGAAUGGAACUUGGAUUACAUCUGUUUAGACAACCUUCUCCAAGAAGACGACAACAAUGAUCACACUUUUUCUUCUCUGAUGGAUCUAAUCUCUCAGCCACCUCCAUUGCUUCAUCAACCACCACAACCGUCCAUCCCAUCCGCUUUCGACAAUCCUUUUCUCGAGACGUUUCAGGAUGUUAUAGAGUCUUCUUAUUGUCCUCCAUUGAUGCUUCCGGCUUCUCAAGGCGACAACAACAACAAUUCUGCACCAUUGAAGAAGAGUAAUAAGAAGGUUCAAGGUCAACCUUCGAAGAAUCUCAUGGCAGAGAGACGACGGAGGAAGCGGUUAAAUGAUCGACUCUCCAUGCUCCCCAUUGUCCCCAAAAUCACCAAGAUGGAUAGGACAUCGAUACUAGCAGAUGCCAUAGAUUACAUGAAGGAGCUUUUGGACAAGAUUAACAAGUUGCAAAAACUUGGAAGCAACUAUCACCUCAAGGAAAACGUCACUACAAACGAAUCUACGGUCAGAAACUCCCCAAAGUUUGAAGUGGAUCAAAUGGAAAUUAAUACGCACAUAGAUAUAUGUUGUUCUACAAAACCGGGCUUGCUUCUAUCAACGGUUAGUACAUUAGAGAUUCUAGGCUUGGAGAUUCAACAAUGUGUCAUUAGUUGCUUCGGUGACUUCUCGUUGCAGGCAUCUUGUUCAGAGGUUGCCGAGCAGAGAGGCUUUGUUACUUCUGAAGAUAUAAAGCAAGCACUGUUCAAGAACGCCGGUUAUGGAGGAAGAUGUUAGUAGAAAGUACAAUAGUACAAUAAAGUUGAAAGAUUGCUUAAUCUUGAAUAUUUUUGAUAAUUUGUUUGGUCUUUUCUUGUGAUGAUUGAUGAGUUUGAUUUUUCUUAAGGAAAUAUGUCU